UCCUAGAACCAACGUUAGCCGGUGUUAUUCACAGCGUCGCUCGGCAUCGUGUGUGUGUCACUCCGCGGUACUUUAUGGUUGUCCCGUCAACAAGAAGCAUGUGCGUUGUGUUUCUAAUCUAAUCUGUCCUGGAUUAUUUUCUAGCUAGACGCAGCAGAAGCAGCAGCUACAUUUCUGCUACCGUUUGCUUUUAAAUAGCAGGGAUUUAUUAUUUAAUUGGCGCCGUUUUCACGAGCUGUAGGUUAAAUACGGGUACGGUUCAAGCUGCCGUUAUAACCGUUGCAACCGUUAAGCUAACGUUUACUAGCCGCCGCCGAGCUAGCCGGGCUAGGUUGCCACAACAAUGGACGACUCCGGCAUCAAGAAGCAGAACUGGGACGUGAAGGAGACUGAGUUAUUUCUCGAAAUCCUCAAAGAGCUGGACAUGAAGAAAUGUCUGGACGGGAGGAAAGUGAGGAAUAACAAACUCUUCAAGGUGGCACACAGGAGGAUGACAGCGGCCGGUUAUCACAGAUCGGUGGACCAGUUAAAGUUUCGCUGGAAACUUCUCAAAAGUGCGUAUUAUAAGUGCAAACGGGAGCCCGACUCCCCGGCCCCGAUCAAAAUACAGGGCUGGUGGCGGUACGAAAACACAAUGAUCGCUAUCAUGGAGUCCAGACAUCCCCUGGUCGGUGCUGGGGUCAACUCUGACAGGAACGAUGAAGUGACAGAAGACUCGGAUGGAGACGCAUCGAUGCUGCACUGGCCCCAGCCCUGCCCGGACAAUACCACCCAGAACCUGGAUUUAAUUAUCAAAAUGGACCCCGAGAUGGACUCGCAGCUGAAGAUCGGUUUCAUCGGCGCGGGGAACAUGGCGUUCGGCAUCGCAAAGGGCAUCUUGUCCGGAAAUGUUCUGCCGCUAAACGUCAAAGUGAGCGCACCGUCCUCCAGGAACCUGGGACGCUUUCAGGAACUGGGGAUUUCCGUCACUCACUCCAACGUAGAGGUGGUCUGUGGUUCAGAUGUGGUCUUUGUGGCAGUCAAACCUCACCUGGUUCCACUUGUUCUCAACGAGGUCUCGCAACACGUCACUGACAGACACAUAAUGGUGUCUGUUGCAGCAGGAGUAACGCUGGCAACAUUAGAAGAGCUCCUGCCAGAGAAUUCGGUCGUCAUCCGGCUGAUGCCGAACCUCCCGUGUUUAGUUCAGGAAGGUGCUCUACUGUUUGCACGAGGAUCUCAUGCAAAACAGGAGGACGGAGCUCUGCUGCGCUCCUUGUUGCAUCGCUGUGGUUUGGUAGAAGAAGGACCUGAGGCCUGGAUUGACAUCCACACUGGACUGAGCGGGAGCGGAGUUGCUUUUGUGUAUCUGUUUGCGGAGGCGCUGGCAGAAGGAGCUGUUAAAAUGGGCAUGCCGAGCGCUUUGGCCCACAGCAUUGCGUCUCAGACUGUUCUGGGCGCCGGCCGAUUGUUACGUGACUCUGGGAAGCAUCCAGCUCAGCUGCGCUCUGAGGUCUGCACCCCGGGCGGAACAACCAUCUACGGGCUUCACACCCUGGAACAAGGAGGCGUGAGGGCUUCGACCAUGAGCGCUGUAGAAUCUGCCACCGAGAGAGCCAGAGAGCUCGGCCGAAAGUCAGCGGCGGCGGGAAGCAAGAAAUGACGGCCGCUUAGUUGCCUUUUAAUAACUGCUCACUGGACUUUAAUUUAAGAAAAGCCGACAGCAAAUAGACUUUUUUUUUUUCGCUCAACGUCAUCAUGGAACACAAAGAUACAACAGGACUAAUCGCUCUUUUUAUUUCUCCCUUUUUUUUCCCCCCACAAACAAACAAGUGCAGUUUAUACUUCUUCUGUUUCACACGUCUGACCAGAAGAAUUUGAUGUGAGCAAAAAAGCUGAUAUCAGCUUAAACUUAUUGAGACUGACAAGUAAAUUAUUUGAUCCUGACUGUGAUUUACAUUUUUUUGAGAGAAUGACUACAUUUAUAUUCACACCAGUGCGUGUGAAUGUAUUAUACAUGCAAACUAGUAUUCCAGUUGUUUUGGAUUAAGGCAGUAAUGCAAACCAUAUAAACAUCUUAAUGGAAGCAAAGCCUUACUGGCUGUGAUUGAGUUAUUAUGAUGGAGCUUAAAGUAACAAUCUCGAAGAUCUCUUUCAUUGUCUUUGGCGACACCUUUGGUGAUAAGCGGUAAUUGCAGGUGUGUCUUUGGACCUCAUUUCCCAGAGAUCCAAAGAGUGUCGCAUGUGUGACGCCAGUCUGUAGGAAUCAAUCUUCUCUUUGUUAGGCCACAGUAACUGUUUACUUGCAACGCUAGCAGAGACACUAGCAUUAGCUCCGCCUCCCCUCUCUGGCGCACCAACCACUGCUGGGUGAUGGAAAACGCGUCAGUAUGCACUGAUUUAGCCAAAAUAUAACAUGUAGUAUGCAGAAUCCAAACAGAAGCAAGAUCUGCUGUAUGCCAAAAAUACCCAGAUGUCCUACUGAUUUGGCAAAAAUCUCCAGUAUGCAUAUGACCAGUCUACCUCGUCUACUGUGUCCCACUACAACCAGUCAUUUCUGAAAUGACAGACAGCAGCACGGUGGGGAUUGUGAGCCUGGCUAAAAGCUGUUGUAAUUCUAGGACUGUUAAUAUGUCUGCAAGGGCUUCAUCAGCGGGUCAUAGGCUCGAUCACCACUGUGUUACCUCAUUCGGCGAUAGAUAUUUAUUUAAAUGAAAAUCUUCGAGAUUAUUACUUUAAAUAUGCUGAUGUAUUUAAUUGUAUUAAUAUAUAAUAUUUAAUAUUGGCCAAAUGAAAACUUUAAUUUGGAAUGAUGAAUGAUCACGGUUGUACAGCUCCAUUCUAAUGAUAGUUUCUGUCGCAGGUGUAGUUUCCAUCUAGUUGCUGCCUUUGUGUUUUAACACAAGUUUUCAAAAAAAAUAUUUAUGAUCUACGAUGCCAAGUGUGUAGAAUUGGUUUUCAUAAAGUCUAAUGUGAACUGGC